CAUGCUGUGAGCACAAGCGUGGCUCUGUCUCUUGGGAUGUUGAGCAUUCCCAGCCUGUUAGGAAUGACAUUAGGUUCAGUGCUGUAAUUUUGCAACGAAGUCCAUGGCACUGUUUCCUGACCCCCUGCAUGACUUCAUUUGCAUUCAGUGGGAUUCUUUGGGGGCUCAAGGAUUCCAGUUUAUCAGUCUAAUUGCAAAAUAGGGAUGUUAUUGAUCAUUAGCAAGGUUUUCCCUGUGGUGGUCUUUCACAUCAUUUCAGGCCUCUGGUAGGGUUGUGGAGUUGAGCUGGCAGGCUGUCCUGCACGCCAUCCACAUCCUUCCAGGGCCAGAGUCUGAAACUAAAUGUGGACUGGUUUCAUUUGUGCCUGUGCUGUCCUGUUGCUGCAAGGGCUUAGAAUUACAACUCAUUCACAUCCUCCGUCUGAUCAGCUGCACUCAUCUUCACAUCUUGUUGUCCUUUGGCUUUGGCAGGUCCAUUGUCUCUCAGUUUAGCUGGUUCCUCUCUAGGCUGCUUCAUCUUCUGCUCUCCUGCUUCAAUGUCAGGUCCUGCAUUCUUGUUUUUUUCAAGUACCCGAUUGUCACCUUUCCUUCACCUUUCCUAUCUUUCACUGAGCUUCUGCUCUGCAUGUACAGGCUGUGUAUUAAUUGUCCUGCUUCCUUUUCUGUAACUUCGUCAAAAGCUGAGCUUUUGUUUUCUCAUUCACACAGCUAAAAACUGUCUCAUCUUAUUAUUUGUGUUUUGACUGUUGCCACCACAUUGAUCUUUACAAAUCCCAUCAUAUUUUCAUAUUAUGAAUCUGCUCAGACUGGAGCUAACAGUGAAAUGGAAGGAAGAAAGAAUAUAAAGAAAUGAAAUAAUAUUAGUCAGCAUUGUGCCAGGAGUUGGAGCAUAUGACCUGUGUGACUAUUGCCUAGACUCACAGGAUGUUAGACAUAGCUGCAAAAGGGUAUUUUAAUCAGGGAUCUGUAAAAGGAUAAUGCAUUUUUUUGAAUGUUCUUCGUGUGGAUACUUUUCACGUGUGAGAAUUGGUGUGGAAGAAAACAACAUCUCUCAGCUUUGACUAUCAGCUUGUUAAGGAUGGGAUCGUCCUUUUGGUUUUGAACUUUGCAGAAAAUACUAUGAAUGAGCUCCUUGGCUGGUAUGGUUAUGAUAAGGUUGAACUGAAAGAUGGAGAAGAUAUUGAAUUCAGGAACUACUCUGCAGAUGGGGAAAGCCGACAGCACAUUUCUGUUCUCAAAGAAAAUUCUUUGCCAAAACCAAAAUUAUCUGAGGACAGUGUUAUUUCACCUUACAAUAUAAAUACAAGCUACCCAGGGCUUGCCUCGGGAAAUGGACUUUCAGACUCACCAGCAGGGUCAAAGGAUCAUGGGAAUGUACCUAUUAUUGUCCCAUUAAUUCCACCACCUUUCAUAAAGCCACCAGCAGAAGAUGAUGUGUCAAAUGUACAAAUAAUGUGUGCCUGGUGCCAGAAAGUUGGAAUCAAGCGCUAUUCCCUGAGUAUGGGAAGUGAAGUGAAAUGCUUCUGCAGUGAGAAGUGCUUUGCAGCUUGCCGAAGAGCAUAUUUCAAGAGAAACAAGGCUAGAGAUGAAGAUGGACAUGCUGAAAAUUUUCCCCAGCAGCACUAUGCUAAGGAAACUCCAAGACUUGCCUUCAAGAAUAACUGCGAACUACUUGUAUGUGACUGGUGUAAGCACAUAAGACACACAAAAGAGUAUCUGGAUUUUGGGGACGGGGAAAGAAGGCUUCAGUUCUGCAGUGCAAAAUGUCUCAAUCAGUAUAAAAUGGACAUUUUCUACAAAGAGACACAGGCCAAUCUUCCAGCUGGACUGUGCAGUACAUUACAUCCUCCAGUCGAAAAUAAAGCAGAAGGCACUGGGGUACAGCUGCUGACUCCAGAUUCUUGGAAUAUACCGCUAGCAGAUGCUCGGAGAAAAGCCCCAUCCCCAGUGUCUGCAGCUGGCCAAAUUCAAGGUCCUGGACCAUCAGCGUCUACCACUGCCUCUCCAUCUGACACUGCCAACUGCUCUGUCACUAAAAUCCCCACACCAGUUCCCAAACCUAUUCCUAUCAGUGAGAAUCCAAAUAUUCCACCAGUUUCUGUCCAGCCACCUGCUAGCAUUGUGCCUCCAAUUGGUGUCCCACCUCGCAGUCCUCCCAUGGUAAUGACAAACCGUGGACCAGUUCCUCUGCCCAUAUUCAUGGAACAGCAAAUUAUGCAGCAAAUCCGUCCACCAUUUAUUCGUGGGCCACCUCACCAUGCCUCAAAUCCUAACAGCCCUCUGUCAAAUCCAAUGAUUCCUGGAAUUGGUCCACCACCAGGUGGUCCCAGAAAUAUGGGUCCCACCUCCAGCCCCAUGCACAGGCCGAUGCUCUCCCCUCAUAUCCAUCCCCCCACAACACCCACCAUGCCUGGGAAUCCUCCAGGUCUGUUACCACCACCUCCUCCCGGAGCUCCUUUGCCCAGCCUUCCCUUUCCCCCGGUCAGCAUGAUGCCAAAUGGUCCUAUGCCUAUGCCACAGAUGAUGAACUUUGGAUUGCCAUCCCUCGCUCCGCUGGUGCCACCCCCAACUCUGUUAGUGCCAUAUCCUGUCAUUGUCCCGCUGCCCGUCCCCAUACCAAUUCCCAUCCCCAUUCCUCACAUCAACGAUUCCAAGCCUCCCAAUGGCUUCUCCAGCAAUGGUGAGAACUUCAUUCCGAGCACCUCCAGCGAGACACCUGGGGCAAAGCCAGCCAAUAACUCUUCAUCCCCUCGAGAGUCAAAGCAAGGAUCUUCUAAAUCCUCUGACUCGUCACCGAGCUGCUCAGGCCAGUCCUUAAAUCAAGCUCAAGUGCUUCAGGAGCACAGUAAAAAUGAAGUUGUUGACUUGACUGUCAGACCUAGUAGUCCGGUGAACAGUAAAUUUGGGUUCCCCAGUGUGCUACAGGGUCCUCAGGAUGGUGUGAUAGACCUAACAGUAGGCCACCGGUCUAGGCUGCACAAUGUUAUCCACAGGGCUUUACAUGCCCAAGUGAAAGUUGAACAUGAACCUAACAGUGUUGUAAAUUUGGCUUUUGGUAGCUCAGAAAAAAGGAACUGCAGCGACUGCAGGGACAAUUGCAGCCCAGUUGACUCAAAAACAUUGCCGUGCGGUGAUGCAGCGCACUGCUGUCCUGUCUCCUUGGCCUCCAGUACUUCAGGACUAGAAACUAGUGCAGCAGUUUGCAACGUCAUUGUGAAUGGCACAAAGAGCAUGGAGGGUUCCAAGAACCCAGAGCUGCCUCCAGAGCCAAAAAAGCCUCAGCCCCCAGAGGAGCUGGCGGUGAGCGAGCUGGAGUCUGUUAAGGAGAACAACUGCGCAUCAAACUGCCACCUUGAGGGAGAGGCUGGCAAGAAGACUGGGGAAGAGCCCCUUGCAGGGGGAGACAAACAAGACCCAAACCUUAACAAUCCAGCAGAUGAGGACCAUGCAUAUGCUUUGCGGAUGCUACCCAAGACAGGUUGCGUGAUCCAGCCUGUGCCAAAACCAUCAGAAAAGACUGCUCUAGCACCGUGCAUUAUCUCAACGCCAAUACUCAGCACAGGGCCAGAGGAUCUGGAGCCACCAUUGAAAAGGAGGUGCCUCCGAAUUCGAAAUCAGAAUAAGUAAAGGUUUGUGUAAUCACUGCUGCCUUCUGUGUGAGUAGAGUGAGUAUUUUCAAGUAUGAGGCCAACCGCAUGUGGAUGUGGCCUUUGUGAAACAGAGAGAUACAGAUUCCGAUUUAUCAGCACUUUCAUAAAACUAUUGAUAUUUAUGUUUUAAUAUUGUUCUUUGUGUUGUAUUGCAUUUGUACUUGUCAGUACUUCAUCCAUCAGCAGCCUCAUUACACUUUCGCUCACAGAACA